UUAAAAAAAAAAGUUCCUCUCUCCUCCUCCUCCAGUCCUUCACUACCGUUAUGUUUCAGUAGAGAGAGAAACUAUAGCGCCACAGGCACCCAAAGCUUCCUCCAAUGGCGGAAGAAAUUCUACCACCCGACGCUUACGCCCACAGCCCCGCUCACUACUUUAUAGCAUCCGGAGACCUCCUCCGCCUCCGCCGCCUCCUCGAUUCCCUUCCCCGUCUCUCCCAUCCUUCCUCCAUUCUCACCGAAUCAGACUCCAUUCUCCAGUCCCACGUGGCCGAAAAAAUCUCGUCUAUCAUUGACCGACGCGACGUUCCCAAUCGAGACUCCCCCCUGCACCUCGCUGUCCGACUUCUCCCUCUCUCGGCAGCCACCACCACCGUUUCCGCCCUAACCUUCGCCGGCGCAGACCCCUCCCUCCCCAACUCCUCCGGUUGGACUCCCCUUCACCUGGCCCUCUCGCUCCACCGCCGUAACCUCGCCGUCCUCCUCCUCCGCCACCAUCGCCUCUCCGCAUGGUCCAAACUCCGCCGCCGCCUUCCCUCUCUCCUCCCUGCUCUACGCCGCAUCCCCGACUUCCACCUCCAUAUUUCCCUCCGCUUUGAAUCUCCUCUCCUUCCCUUCAUCCCGCGAUCCGCGAUCCCGUCCGAUGAUGUUCGCCUCUCGAAACGCUCAUGCGAUCUUCGCGCUGAUCGUCGCCGCCGUUUGUCUUUUCUAUUCCUAUCGGACCCCAAUUGUCACGAUCUUCCUUUUGGUUCUCUUCUUGUCCUCGAUCGCGAUAGGAAGGAGAUCCGCGACGCAUUUGAUGGCGCCGAUGACGAGGCUGAGGCCGAGGCGAUGGCGGCUGAUUCUACUGCCUAUCGUCCAGGGGUUGACAUUGGUAACGCCCGCCUGGUGCCGUGUACUAAUUGGCGCCGUCGAGAGAGAAUGGAGCUGGUCGGAGAGUGGAAAACGCGUGUUUAUGAGCUGCAGAAUGUGGUAUUUAGUUUCAAGACACUGGCAGCUUCCAUAACGGAAGAGGUAUUGCCUGAGCUAAAGCUUGAUGAGGAUGCAGAAGAAGGGUUUAUUGUUGCGGAGCUUGCGAAUGUUCCUGCGCGGCAUAGCUGCUAUGAGCGAGGGGGGUUUGGACGUGCCGAAGAGGUUGAGAUGGGUCGGCGGAGGAGCGUGGACGCGGUGAUGCCGGAAAAAUUAGGUUUGGGGAGUUGUGUGUUGAAGAGUAAGGAGAAGGAGGUGGUGAAGAAUUUGAAGCCUAUGGUUUGGCUGACUGAGGAUUUUCCCUUGAAGACUGAAGAGCUUCUGCCGAUGCUGGAUAUACUUUCAAACAAGAUCAAGGUUGUGAAGCAGUUGAGGGAGCUUCUCACGACUAAAUUCCCGCCUGGGACUUUUCCUGUCAAGGUUGCAAUCCCAAUUGUCCCAACUGUAAGAAUGAUCAUUACAUUCACUAAAUUCAUCGGUCUCCAACCAUCAGAACAGUUCUUCACACCUCUUUCAAGCCCAAGGCAUCUUUCAGCCCCUGAAGAGGAAGUAGAUCAUCGAAAGCCAGAGAACACCACUCAAAAAUCAUGGCUAAAAUGGAGCAGCAGUUCUGCAACCAAAUCUUCCAUUUCCCGAUCAAAAACUGCUAACCCACAGGUGGAUGAGCAUGUGGAUCCUUUCAUUAUCCCAAGUGAUUACAAAUGGGUUAGUACGAUAGAUAAAAGCCACAGGACAAAAACAACUUCCAGGUCAAGGAAAGGGAAGCAGAAAGAGAUUGGGUGAAUGGAAUAUGGACAAGCUUUUGUCUUCUUCACCAUUCUAUUAACUUCAACUGGGGGAGCAGGCUGUUUGUAACAUGUUAGCUUCGUUUGGGACGACUUUCUUAAUGCUUCUUAAAGCACUUUCUAUCAUAAAAUUUUAAAUUUUUAUGCUAGAAAGCUGCUUUUAAGAAGCAGAAAGAAAGCCAUCCCAAACAAAGCCUUUAUCUCAGAAGAACUUGUAGUCUGCAACCAUGGAGACUAUAUAGGCUGACAGUAGAUGGAAAGGAGCAGUUAGAACUGGAAAUGAAAUUGGGGUCUGUGGAAGCGCAUCUGUAGUGCGGUGAAAAUCAGCUUUUCCAUUAUAAUAGUAGCCUUAAAUAGUUCAGAGAAUUUGUAUUUGUUCUAAUGUUGAAUGAUAUCAUUUUGGUCAUGAA